AUGUCUUAUGAUUGUCUUCUAGAGAUUAUUAAAAAAGAAACAUUACCAUCAAUUAAUGAAUUUCUCUGCUUUGAUACUUUCAUAAAUCUACCCCCAAAACAAAAAGGUAUCCGUAAAUUAACAGAUCCAUCAGAGUACUGUUAUUCAAGAAAAAGACUCGCUGUCUCAGCAUCAUCAAAUUCUAACUGCGGUGAUCCAUCCAAUCUCUUAGAGGAUUCUAGAUCAUUCAAUACUCAUCGAACUGAUUAUAUCGAAGUUAAUACAUAUUCAAACUACAAUAAUGGUUAUCCAGUUCAACCAAAUUUCCAUGAUACGAGUACCCAAGAAUCCCAGCCAAAUGAAUCGCAAACUGUCCAAACCCAAUCGAAUUUCGAUGAUAUGAGUACCCACCAAACCCAAUCAAAUGUAUCCCAAACUGUUCAAACCCAAUCGAAUCUCUAUGAUACGAGUACCCACCAAACCCAAUCAAAUGUAUCCCAAACCGUUCAAACCCAAUCGAAUUUCCAUGAUAUGAAUACCCUGCAAGCCCGUUCAAAUAAAUCGCAAACUGUCCAAACCCACUCAAUUUUCCAAGAUUUGACUACCCAGCAAACCCAAUCAGAUGUAUCGCAAACCGUUCAACCCCUACCAACUCCAGAAGAGCUUCUAGAAUGUCUAAUUGCAAUAAGGAUGCAACAACAACAACAACAACAACAACAACAACAAAAAUACUCACAAUACUUACCGUAA